CCGUAGCUAUUUUGUGUCUUCACCUUUUAAAUAAAAUAUGUAUUUUUUUGCACUGCGGUCAUACUGAACAAAGAAAAUUUCGUUCGUUUUAACAUUUUUAUGGAAAUAUUUACCCAAAUCGCUUAAGUUAAUGCAAGUCACUUGAUGUGCUUUGACCACUUUGAGUAUUAUAUUCUAAAAAUUUUACGAAAUAAAGAAGGUAACAAUAUAGCAUAUAAAUUCAAAUUAAACACAACCUCAAAAUGUGGCGUGGCUUUUACACAAAUUUUUGUACAUACACAUACAUAUAUGUGUCGAGUUUAUAAAAUUUUUGCAUAACCAACGGAAAAGUACAAACGUUUCCACGUUUACUAUUUCAAAUGCUUAAACACUGAAAUACUACCACAAAUAAAUUUCUUCAGAAUUCUUUGUGGCAAAUCACAAUAACUAAAUAUAUUUCAGCACUUAAUAGAAACAUUAAAUAACUGCGAUUGGUUUGACAUUGAUUUGUACUUAUGUAUACCAAGUCAUCCUGCAAGUGACUUUCUAAAGGGAUAUCGAGCUCAAUUACUUACGUGUUUUAUUCGUGAGCUGGCAUUCCGCACCCCAAGGAGGGGAAAGACAAUAUCUUAUAUGACUUUUGAACGAUUAAGUGAAAAACCUGCGAAAAAAAGCGCACCUCCAAUUCCACAAAAGCGGAAUAAAAGUUUCGAGCUGUGUAUGAAAAACCAGAGGCGAACUAUAAGUCACCGGACUUCAAGUAACAGACAUCGGAAGCUACAGCCGUUCAGGUACACGUGAGCCGAAUACUGUGCCGUUGCAAAAGACUUCUGAUAAUUAUACAAAUUUCAAAACCCCAAUU